CAAAGAGAGUUGAAGGAAAUGAAUUGUGAAACUUCACGGUGUGCUACCCUACAGUACUGUCCUGACCCAUACAUCCAGCGGUUUGUAGAAACCCCAGCUCAUUUCUCUUGGAAAGAAAGUUAUUACCGAUCCACUAUGUCCCAGAGCACACAGACAAGUGAAUUCCUCAGUCCAGAGGUCUUCCAACAUAUCUGGGAUUUUCUGGAACAGCCCAUAUGUUCAGUUCAGCCCAUUGACUUGAACUUUGUGGAUGAACCAUCAGAAAAUGGUGCAAGAAACAAGAUUGAGAUUAGCAUGGACUGUAUCCGCAUGCAGGAUUCGGACCUCAGUGACCCCAUGUGGCCACAGUACACGAACCUGGGGCUCCUGAACAGCAUGGACCAGCAGAUUCAGAACGGCUCCUCGUCCACCAGCCCCUACAACACAGACCAUGCGCAGAACAGCGUCACGGCGCCAUCGCCCUACGCGCAGCCCAGCUCCACCUUCGACGCCCUCUCUCCGUCCCCCGCCAUCCCCUCCAACACCGACUACCCGGGCCCGCACAGCUUCGACGUGUCCUUCCAGCAGUCCAGCACCGCCAAGUCGGCCACCUGGACGAUUGAACAUGAUUCUGAACCAUCAAAGCCCCUUUCUCAGAGAAGUAAAUUGUGUCACAGCAAAAAGGCUGGGGAGCUAUACCUAAGUGACCUGUUGGAUAUGACCAGUCACCCCCCUCCAGUGUCACAUGCUCACUGUCAUUCCCAUGUUUGUGUUCCUAGGACCUCGAUGCAGUCUCAGUCUACAUACGGUAACAGCUCCCCACCUCUGAACAAAAUCAACAGCAUGAACAAGCUGCCUUCCGUGAGCCAGCUUAUCAAUCCUCAGCAGCGCAAUGCCCUCACCCCCACCACCAUUCCUGACGGCAUGGGAGCCAACAUUCCUAUGAUGGGCACCCACAUGCCAAUGGCUGGAGACAUGAAUGGACUCAGCCCCACCCAGGCCCUCCCUCCCCCACUCUCCAUGCCAUCCACCUCCCACUGCACUCCCCCACCUCCGUACCCCACAGAUUGCAGCCUUGUCAGUUUCUUAGCGAGGUUGGGCUGUUCAUCAUGUCUGGACUAUUUCACGACCCAGGGGCUGACCACCAUCUAUCAGAUUGAGCAUUACUCCAUGGAUGAUUUGGCAAGUCUAAAAAUCCCUGAGCAAUUCCGACAUGCCAUCUGGAAGGGCAUCCUGGACCACCGGCAGCUGCACGACUUCUCCUCCCCUCCUCACCUCCUGCGGACCCCCAGUGGUGCCUCUACAGUCAGCGUGGGCUCCAGCGAGACCCGGGGUGAGCGCGUUAUUGAUGCCGUGCGCUUCACCCUGCGCCAGACCAUCUCCUUCCCGCCCCGCGAUGAGUGGAACGACUUCAACUUUGACAUGGAUGCUCGUCGCAACAAGCAACAGCGCAUCAAAGAAGAGGGAGAGUGAGCACUACUGUGUGAAUGCCUCCCAUCCUCUCCCCAUCUGUCUGCAUCCCUACAAGGCACCAGUGCUUGACCUUCAAAGUGUCCCCUUUAGCUCCUUUCCUUCCUCUUCUCAGUCUGGCUUCUUAAGGGAAGAAGAAGUAAGAGGCUAUCUUUGAUCUAAUGUCCAACCUGGCAUCUGAUUCCGAUUCUGGCUUUAAGCCUUCAAAUCUGUUGCUUGCAGGACUGAAGUUAUCAUGGCUAGGUGGAAGUGAGCAAAAGAGCAGUGGGUGUCUCCUUAAGCAGCAAAGAUUUCUGAUUGACUUUUAUAAAGCAUUUUCACCCUUAUAGUCUAAGACUAUAUAUAUAAAUAUAU